UGUAUUUGCUCUGAGUUCACACAUCACUUGAAGAAAACCUCCCAGCCAACAACUUGGAAAGCCCUUUGCGAGCUCCUCCGCUGCCCUCAGUUGUUACUGUGUCCACAAAGAUGCUGAGGGUCCUAGUACUCAUCUGGGCUGCUGUCGCUUGCAGUGGACCUGCUGAUUGUCUAGAGACCAAUGUGGCUUUAAACGGAGUUGCAACUCAGUCCUCUGACUAUACCAUCAAUAACGUGGCCACCAAGGCCAUUGAUGGAAACACCAACUCGAUCUUCAGCCAGAACUCCUGUUCUUGUACAACAUAUCAAACUAAUCCCUGGUGGAAGGUGGACUUGCUGAGAGUGUUUUCCGUGAGCUCCGUGACCAUCACCAACCGAGGAGACUGCUGCUCCGAUAGGAUCAACGGGGCCGAGAUCCGCAUCGGCAACUCGUGGGAAAACAAUGGCAACAACAACCCGAGGUGUGCAGUGAUCUCCUCCAUUCCACUGGGAGGCUCCAGCACCUUCAGUUGCAAUGGAAUGAGAGGUCGAUAUGUGAACGUGUACCUGCCAAGGACAGACCUCCUGACUAUAUGCGAGGUGGUGGUGACCGCAAGUCCCAUGGUCGAGAACAUAGCUUUGAAGGGCAGGGCCACUCAGUCGUCCCAGUACGACAUGUUCGGCAGUGCUGACAAGGCCGUGGACGGGAACCGCCAAGCGGUGUAUGGGGAUGGGUCCUGUUCACACACAAGACCCCAGACCAACCCCUGGUGGAGGCUGGACCUCCUCGACGAGUACAGAGUGUAUUCUGUAAGCAUCACUAACAGGCAGGACAGUGGAGCUGAGAGGAUCAGUGGAGCAGAGAUCCGCAUCGGAAAGUCAAAGGACAACAAUGGGAACAGCAACCCAGUGUGUGCAGAAGUUUCCACUAUUCCCGCUGGUGCCACCAACACAUUUCAGUGUAAUGGCAUCGAGGGACGCUACAUCAACCUCGUCAUCCCUGGAAGCGGGAAAAUCCUGGCCCUGUGUGAGGUGGAGGUAGAUGCUACCCCCCUGGAAUAUAGAGGAAUAUAAUGUGGUGUGUGGGUUUUGUUCUAUAAACAAAGUGUUUAACACAACAGACUGUGGCUGUUAUACUGACACCACACAUGAGGCUGUGAACCUCAAUUACUGUACGAAGCUUCUCUUAGAAACCAAUGAGCAAGUUGAAUCUCAAAUUUUCUGACUUAAAUAAAAGCU